GAAUCGUCAACAGUCGAAGUGACGGAUUUUUUAUUGAUACGCUAACUUUCGGCACAAACACGUAGAUGUAGCUUUUUUUUUACCCCGAACACUUCCAAGUUUAUUAUCUGACAAGUUUCAUAACGAGAAAAUAUGGUUAUAACGGUACCGUCUUUAGAUGAUGGGAGUGGGAGCAAUAGUAUACUUUUACUUGAGGUUUAGUAUUCAAAGUCGACACUAUACAAGAUUAAAUAUGAAAAUUUUAGUUACAUUAAGUGUAUCAAGUUAUGUUCUAUUGUCAACAUAUCUACGAUGAAUUGUAAAUAAAUUAGUGCGGUCUGGGGUUCAUGAAACAUUUGUCUGAUGGGCUUAGGUUAGAGCAAAACACAAAGUGAGUCAGAAAACAAUUAAUUAAAUUAUCCAAUAUCUCAUAACAUUAAUGUGAUCCUAUUCUAUAUGUUAGAAAUUUCAAUGUUACAUUGAAACUAUUUACUUGUCUCCCACAACUCACAUUCCUGUUUUCUUGAUUUUUACACUAUGUCAAAGCAAGUAUAAUCAUUUGUCUCGAACUAUUAAAUUCGUAAAGUUAUAGUAAUGAAGCUUUUUUCUGUUGUAGAAUUCCACCUCUAUCCUUCCGGUAAGUUUCUGAUCAUAGAUUAUGUUUAUGUACCAUAUAUGUUCAUUUAUUACUGAUCCUGACAUAGUAAGGGACAAAUGGAGGGAAACAAAGGAAAGAAUAGUAGUACGGUCAGUAAAGAAAUAACUAGAAAUAGUAUUUAGUAAGAGAUACAGUUAAGUUAAAAAUACAGCCAAUAAACAUUUCGUUAAGGUAAUAAAGCCCAUCUCACUAUUAUGAUGGCUGUAUUAAAGAACAAAAGCUGGAACACUACUGGCUACUAUUUUGCAUUAUAUCUAAUAACCCGUCAAUCCACUGAACUGCAUCGUUUUUGGGACUCGGACAACACUCAUGAUGGAUUGAAAUUCCAAUGUUAUAAAACUAUCUUUCACACCACGGGAUUAUACUGUAAUGUGACCCAUUUUAAAGUGUUUACACGGUUGUAAUCCGUAGUUAUUACUCGCAGGAGUUUUUUUUAAAAAAUUGCUUUCACAUUGCGUUGUUAUCUAAUAUAGACUUUUGAGUAAAAAAAAUAGUUGUCAAAAUCUCUGGUUUAAAAUUGGUUAUGGACAUGAAUUCUAGAACUUGAAAGUAACGAACGAUUCAAGGUAUAUGUCAGUAGUCGUUAUGGAAAUUGAAUGAGACAAGUUUACUGACGUUCCUAUAAAUCAGAAUCUUGAUUAUAAGGCUUACCUUCAAAAUAAUUAUCAACUGUGACGUAUGCUCGUCGUAUAUAGUAUCAUGCUUUCUACCUCCAUUACGGCAUAAAGUCAAGCAAUAAAGAGUGCACUCACACUGCAUGUCUCGUCCGUUCCAUAAAACGUUUCUUCAACUUAAGGUUUGGUUAACUUGCUUUAACCGUUCAAGUGAAGCUUAAUUGUAUCUGAACAGCUAUUUCCCUAUAUAUCAUUCACUGGCUCGUUAACGUAUGCACAAUAUUAUGUAACCGUUAUUAAAUUAAGAAAACUGCAAAUUAUCAUUGUAUCACGUAGUUACAUACUUUUUAUCAUUUCAGCUAAAUAUUUUUUCUAACCAAUACUUCCCACUUUUUUACUUUGAAUCUAAUCAACAGAUGACUCAAGAACAGAAAGAUUGGUUGUUAGCUAUCGUUGACUGUGAUCAACCGAAAAUGACAAGAAUGCUUAAUCAACACCCUGAAUUAGCUGUAUGGAAGACUAGCAUCAAUGGAUAUACUGCACUACAUUAUGCAGCUAAAUAUGGAGAUUGUGCUGCUAUCCGAUUGUUACUUGGAAAUUACCAUGUUCAAGUUGAUGCUCAGUCAUGUGAGGGUAUGACUCCUUUACAUUUGGCCGCUGCCAACGGGAAUGAAGAUGUCAUAUUCUUAUUAACUUCCGUGUACAAAGCUAGAACUGAUAUACGAGAUUUUUGUGGACGGUUACCAAGCGCUUAUCUGCCUAAAGAAAAGGAGGCAUUAGCAAAAUACCUUCCGAAUCCUUUGCGCGUCCUAUUGCAAAAUUGUAAUAAUUAUUUAUAUUUGUUAGUGAGCCAACCAGAAACAAACCGAUUGCCAUCUGAUCCUGUUUCAAACGGAGAUAAUAGUAAUAAUGAAUGUAAUAGUGAUUGUGGGUUAGUGAAUAAUCUUAAUGCUCUACCUCCUACACCAAUUAAUUCUCAUUUUCCAUGGAGUCAAAGUAAUCAAAACUGCACAGAAGAAUCGCGUCGACAAUCAUCUCUUUCGCAAGGCCUAGGUUCAUUUCGUAGUGGGAAACGUGAUUCUUCAAGGGAUAGGCAUAGAAUGUACAAAACCCUACCAUCUGGAGUGGUCAAUAAAAUAAUGUGCUUUCCACUAGUAGACUUGAAAUUCGUAAAUACGGGUUCCAGAAUUCCUACAGUCAAGCUAAAAUUUGAUGAUUCAAAAAGAAAUUUCGAUUCAAAUUUUCGGUAUGAUGAUGUAAAACUCAUCCAAAAUGUAUACACACAUAUUCGUCAGAGGCGUAAAAGAGCUUCAUUUUAUUAUAAUCCAUGUAAUCCUGAGAGUACUAAAUCAUCGGAACCAAAUGUAAGAGAUAAUACUAGCCGCUUAGGACCAUCAAAUUUACGUUCAACUAUUGGUCGUCAAUUAAAGCGCCACAUAUAUAAUGCUCGCAGUGCGAUGUCGGCGACGCAAAACAAUGAACUAACUGAACUUGUAAACAAUAAUAAUGGUAGUGAUGAUGACGAUCAAUUUACUGAUCCACCAACUCCAACAAAUGAACUGAAUGAUGAAGAGAAACAAUAACUUCUGUAUCGGACUAAUAAUAUAUUCAUCUAUUUGCUUUUUUCUUUUAAAAUAACUUUUCUUUUCGAAAACAAGAUUAUUUAUAUUAUAUUAUGUGCCAAAAUUUUAAUCUGAGAUUUAAUAAAUGCUUAGUAAUGAAAAAUUUCUUUUGAUUAAAAAUAAAGGAAAUAUAAUUGUAUAUGUAUAUUCUAUUGAUUUGCUUCCUCCUUUUUCAUUGCAUCAAUAUUCUUGUGUGAAACAUCAUAACUAGAAUUGUUGCCAGGAUUUGCUUGAUCACAGGUACUAUCUUUAUUUGAACGCUUAAGAAAUUGCAUCAUUAUAUUUGAGCUACCAUAAGAUUUAGUCAUUUUCCUGUAAAAUAAGAAGUGGAAAAUAAAAGAAAAAAGCAAA